AUGCAUUCUCACCUCGACAAGCCCGAGAAUUUGCCCUGCAUCGAGGUCAUCAACGCCCUCGAGGAAUGCCAUGCGCGGGGCUUCCUCUACAAAUCGGUUGGAAUGUGCAACGAUGCCAAGACGAAAGUAAAUGAGUGCCUCUGGAUCCAGCGACAAAAGCGAGCGGCGAACAACCGAGCGAUAGCGCGAGCGAGGCGCGACAAGAUCAAGCAGGCAGAACAAGAGUUGGGACUCUAA